CUGCAGUCAUAAAUUUACUAACCCGCCGAGACGAAGUCGAGAAAAUAGACGUCUUGAAAACCCGUGUUUUGUGAGUAUAUAUUCUUCUUGGCAUCAGUAACAAGGCAGGCAGAUAGUGUUUCAGCCAGCAAAGAAGAAAUGUUUUGUGAUCGCGUUCAUUGACGUAGCCUACUUUUACAAUGUUUGGAACUAGUGUAAACUACAUCAGUACGUGCUGUAGCAGGAAAAAGAAGAAAACGUUUGGAACUCUGCUUACAGUGACGUAAAAAGAUCCCACAAGUUUGAAAAUGAAACUGCGAACUCUUUUUAAAAUACCAGUUCUGCUGUGUCUGGCUUCAGUAUUUGGAAUUCUCCAGUUAUACGUGUAUUUAAUACGUCCAGAAGUCACAGAAAAUCCAGACAAUAAACUUAAUGAAAUUGCUCAACAUUUGAAUCUCUUUGAUUCGGUAUGCUUGUUGGCUUUAGCAAAUGCAUCCAGCGCAAGCUAUUUCGUAGACAAAUACAGAAUAUCUCAAAUUAGAAACAAGACAAAUCAAAAGAAUGACCGUGAAGUAACAGAAAAUUGUACCGAAUUCUCCCGCCAUCUUACUUCCUUAGCUCACGUGACCGACCUCGAGCGUGACUUUCCAAUCGCCUUCAGCGUCCUCGUGUAUCGAGACCCACAGCAAGCUAUGCGACUCCUCCGCGCCAUUUGGCGGCCACAGAACGUCUACUGCAUCCACGUGGACACCGGGUCGCAGUUCGACGUCCUCACCUACAUCAUGUCCCGCGUCAGGUGUCUCGACAACGUGUUUCUAGCGCCCCGGAUGAUCGACGUCAGGUGGGGGACGUUCUCCGUGCUAGAGGCGGACCUGAUCUGUAUGGAGGCGCUGUACAAACACAAAACACGAUGGAAAUACUUCAUCAACCUCACAGGGCAGGAAUUUUCUCUUAAGACCAAUUAUGAGCUGGUGAAAAUAUUAAAACUGUACGCUGGAGGAAAUGACAUCUUUGGACAGGUUAAUAAAGUGAAUCCAUCCCGAAUAAGGAAGCUGGGUCCAGCUCCACACGGGAUCAAACCAGCCAAGGGUCCAAUCCACAUGGUGGCGUCACGGGGGUUCGUCGACUACGUUCUUCACAAUCAAACUGCUAAAGACUUCUUGGAGUGGGUCAGGCCGAUGAGGGUCCCGGAUGAAACGUACUUUACGUCACUUAACAAUAAUGCACACCUCCGCAUCCCCGGCUCGUUUACAGGCAGACUGGACAAAUCACGGCACCACAACUUCUACCUCGAUUCCCGACUGCGCUACAAGAUCUUUGUUUAUAAUAAAAGCUACCCCAAGUGCCACGGCAAAGCGCGUCACAGCGUCUGUCUCUUCGGUGUUGGUGAUCUACCCAGCCUCGUUGGAGCACCGCACAUUUUCGCCAACAAGUUUCUGUACGGGUAUCAGCAGUUUGCGUACGACUGUUUAGAAAGAUGGAUUUUCAAGAAAAUGGAAGCCGAGAAACACGGCCAGUUAGAUUUCGACGUUUCACCAUAUAGCAACAUUUACUUUAUGAAUAACUGCUACUGUGAACAGCAGCACAGGUAGUGUCAUUUUGUUCAAUAAGACUCAGAAAUUAUCAACGGGUUACACAAGGAAUGGAUGAAGUGUUUGACGACACCCCCAGAACAUAUUUAACGAUUGUAACAUACGGUAAUUGUGUUCCUACCCAGGACAGGCGUGCGCUACAACAACUUGCUCUGAAUGUGCACGAUAAACUCUCUGUCCUGACCUGACCUGGUAAUUGUGUCACUUGCUUUUGAAUGAAAUAGGAAAACGACUGCUGACAUUUACGUUAAGUAUAGCCGAUUAACGUGUGGGGUGGGGGGGGGGGGGGGGGGGGGGAGGGGGUAAUCCAAUCUCUAAUUUGUUUACUCAAAGGAAAGGAAUAUUAAUGCAACAUAUUAUGAGAGAGAGAGAGAGAGAGAGAGAGAGAGAGAGAGAGAGAGAGAGAGAGAGAGAUAGAUUAUGAGGUCAUUUCUAAAAAGGUCCCAAUAAUGCCAUAUUUGUUUAAAGCUGCAGUGUCUAGUUACCAAAUUACUGUCGCGAUAACGGCUUACUACCGAAAAAGCAGCACGGAUCUUGUAUAUGCAAUUUCACAUACACAGGGCAGCACAUACCUUGGUCUUCAAUGUGACAGUCACAGGUUGGGACCACUGAAGGUGACCAGUUAACCCAUUACACCUCGGGCCUACUUCUUUAAUGAAGCGUCAUACUAAUAGUCGUAGUACUAAUAAUGAAAAUGUAAAUACACGGAGUUAAAAACAGGCUGCUGUUUUUGGAGUUGGUGAUAAUAAUAAAUACGAGCGAGGAAGAAACAAUA